GGGUGGCUCGUAGAGGGGUACCCUAGCUUAUUUCAAGCUAAGGGUCGGCACGAAAAGUUGGCAUGACCGGCCCCGCACCUACAGGGUCUCAUAAUCAAUUCAUCAUCUUGACCCUCAACAGGAGCCUUGCCUUUUGAGAGGGAUUCAAGUACCGUAAUAACCCGACAGACACAAACCCUCAGAGAACCCAGGCAUCUCUUUACUGCAAACCUCACCCCUCACCGUUCGCCACUCAAGAUUUUUGACCUGAUAAGUACUUGCCAUGGCGACUAUUUCUCACAAUCACACACACUACCAGGCGCGUCUCGAUUACAUCAAGCAAAUACUAGCAGAUUAUUUGAAUCUCCCUAAUCAGGUCAUAGAGCAAACCAAGAUCACGCCAAUCCAAUACGAACAUGACUUCCCUUUCAAGUACAACAAUUUCGUUUACCACCUCUCGCUUCUUACCGGUGUCCCCGGCGGCCUCGGGGAUGCUGAUGGAAGUCGCAAGCUAAAGCACCCAGGCUGCGUCCCCAUCCCAGCCGGCACCAAGGAUUUCAUAUUACGUUUAAGCAACCCGGACGCUGAGGGCAUGCACCAAGAAACACGAGUGCAGAAUGAAGUCGGCAUCCUUACUCUCGCCUCAGCUGCUCUCUGCCAUAUCAAGCCUACCGUAGUCCCCCGUGUUUUCGGUUGGGAUGGCGCUAGUCGCGAUCAUCUAGGCUGGAUCCUAGAGGAACUGAUGCCUGGCGUACCACUUGCCGAGCCGUUUGAUAAAACCAUGACUUUUGUUCAGAAGAGAGAGAUCCUGGCACAGAUGGCGAGAUUGCUAAAGGCGCUGCAGGAUUACCUACUUCCCGAGAGCAUCAAUGGCUGGGGAGGUGUAACGUUUGAUGGCAAUAGCGGUGCUAUAGUUAGCACGUCCAUGCCUAGCGUCGGUGCCGGACCGUGGCCUUCUUUCGAAGACUCCUAUAGAGGCCGCCUGAAAGUAGCACUCAGCAAAGCCGAUACGAACCCGUAUCUGCAAGGGUGGCAUGCCAACGGUGUCAGAGAACGCGUUGAUGCGUUUAUCGAGCGUGGCCUAGCAGCACAAUUCUCCGACUUAACAUCGAAGCACGACAGGACUAUUAUACACGCAGACUUCACUACUGACAAUCUGCUCUACGAUCCUACGACAGGUCGUAUAACAGCACUUCUCGAUUACGAUUUCGCUAGCAUCCUACACCCUGCAUAUGAGUUCUUCCGCUCUUUCAACAGCACCGGCGGCCGGCUUAGCGGCUGGUUAAGCGCGACGACUCUAGAGGAAAAGGAGGCAGUAGCGCUUCGGAAUGCUAAACUUACCGGACAGUUUCCUUCACCUCUUCCAGUGGCGGUAGCGUCCAGCAAUGGUCCAGGAGUUGAUUGGGAGCUCGCGCGGGCAUGGGAUGAAGAGCUGCAGAAACUGGAUGUAAAACGACCCAGCUCCAUUCAAGGGAUUGAUAAGAUUGCGGAUGUUGACGAAGUCUUGGGCACUCUAUUACCUUGGACCUUGGCUAAUGCGGACUAUCUGAGAUUGAAUCCUGAGGAAGAUCACAGGAUGGAUUUAAGACGCAGAAGCGAGAGUAAGCUUGUGGGCUUACUGGAUCACAUGGGAUUCUAGACUGGAAUAAUCACAAGAGAAGAACGAUGUCGAUGAGAGAAGGUUAAAGGAAGGGGCCAGACCGGAUAGCUGAUGGUGAUGGUGAGUGAUAGGUUGCUAUGUGGAUAAAUGUGAAUCACUUGACAAGUCUGAA